AAGCUGCAACCCAACCUCUCCUCUCAAGCCUUUGCUGUACCUCAGCUAACUUGAUUUACCUUUUCAUCUCUGUAGCUCUUUCCUCCUUCAGAAAACUUCAAGGGGAGCUAACUGAGCUGGCUGGAAAUUAACUUCUUAUGAUCAUUUAUUUUUUUAGCUGUAAUUUCAGUUACCUUUUGUGUUUUUCAUUAGGAAGGCUUUUUCUUUUUUUCCCAUGCUGUGGCCAGGUGCAGGCCUGUUGUCUGGUACUUGGUGUGUAGCCCAGAGGGAGGUGGAUAGUGUAUCCCAUUCCUGGCCAAAUCCUAAUCCCAGCCCUCAGUGUUAAGCUUGUGUGAACACACCACCUCAGCCCCAUGCUGCUGAGCAUCCUUUGGUGUCCCACUCCAAGGGGUAAACUUCCCAGCCCCAGUAAAUCCCAUUCCCAGGCAGCUGAAGAGUUGCAGUGUCACCUGGGAGUGGGCAGGCCCUGAGCUUACAUCACACAAACCUUGGCUUCAAAAUUCCUUGUCCUAGAGGAUCAUACUCAUUAAAAAGUUCCAAGUCCUGGUUUUCUCCUAACGAAACAAUUCCCACACUGAAGGCUCCUGGGAAAUAAAUCUAAUUCAGAUCAGUGCAGGGAGGAAAAGCCUUUUCCUGUGCCCUUUAAAUAUUCCUUACUGUGCCCUGCUGUGCUCUUUCUGACAAAGAAGGUGACUGAAAUUGCAAAGCACAUCCUGCUUUUCCCAAGACCUGCUUAAUCAAGAGUCCUUCUUAAUAUUCAGCUCCUUCCCUCUCUUCUCUCUCCUUGCCUGUCUUCACCUGCAGCUUUGCAGUGCCCUCAGCUCAGAUGCCCUUCUAGAUCCUUGGCGUCCUCAGGUGUUCCUGGCAAAGCUGGCAGCAACCUCUUGCUGUACUUAAUUGUAGGAGGAACAGUCACUGGGACAGGAGCCUAUGUGUACAAGACACUGCGGGAGAACAAAGAGCGGUUCACCAGCCGUGUCACCAACAUCACCACACGGUCUCAGGAGGAUGGAUCCUCUCCCUCCGCUCCAGGGGCUCAUCCCGAGGUCCCAUCCCACGUUCCCUUCCUGCUGAUUGGUGGAGGAACUGCUGCUUUUGCUGCUGCCAGAUCCAUCCGGGCACGGGACCCCGGGGCGCGGGUGCUGAUUGUGUCUGAGGAUCCUGCCCUGCCCUACAUGCGUCCACCUCUUUCCAAAGAGCUCUGGUUCUCAGAUGAUCCCAACGUGACAGAGACGCUGCGGUUCAAGCAGUGGAACGGCAAGGAGAGGAGUAUCUAUUUCCAGCCGCCGUCGUUUUAUGUGCCCGUCCGCGACCUGCCUUCUGUGGAGAACGGAGGAGUGGCAGUUCUCUGUGGCAAGAAGGUUGUGCACAUGGAUGUUAGAGGCAACACAGUGAAACUCAACGAUGGCACCCAGAUAUCCUAUGACAAAUGUCUCAUUGCCACUGGUGGCACCCCAAGGAACCUGCCUGCCAUCGAGAGAGCAGGGAAGGAUGUGCAGAGGAGGCUGACGCUGUUCCGAAAGAUUGAGGACUUCAGAAGUCUGGAGAAGAUUUCAAGAGAAGUCAAGUCCAUCACAAUUAUUGGUGGUGGUUUUCUUGGCAGUGAGCUGGCCUGUGCCCUAGGGAGAAGAGCACGAACCAGCGGCCUGGAGGUGAUUCAGCUGUUUCCAGAGAACGGCAACAUGGGCAGAGUCUUGCCAGAAUAUCUGAGCAACUGGACGACAGAGAAAGUCAGAAAAGAGGGUGUCAAGGUGAUGCCCAAUGCUGUGGUCAAGGCUGUCUCUGUCUCGGGCAACCGGCUGGUGAUUAAACUGAAGGAUGGACGAAAGGUGGAAACGGACCAUAUUGUGGCUGCAGUAGGGCUGGAGCCUAACGUGGAACUGGCCAAGUCUGCUGGGCUGGAGGUGGACUCUGACUUUGGAGGGUUCCGGGUGAACGCGGAGCUGCAGGCACGCUCCAAUAUCUGGGUGGCCGGGGACGCCGCCUGCUUCUACGACAUCAAGCUGGGGCGGAGGCGCGUGGAGCACCACGACCACGCCGUGGUCAGCGGGAGGCUGGCUGGAGAGAACAUGACGGGAGCUGCAAAGCCCUACUGGCACCAGUCCAUGUUCUGGAGCGACCUGGGCCCUAACGUGGGGUACGAAGCCAUCGGCCUGGUGGACAGCAGCCUGCCAACGGUCGGGGUCUUUGCUAAAGCCACUGCAAGAGACACUCCCAAGAGUGCCACGGAGCAGUCAGGGACGGGCAUUCGAUCCGAGAGUGAAACAGAAGCAGAAGCCUCAGAAGUUCACAUUUCUCCAGGCUCUUCACCGACGCCUCAGGUUCCAAAGCAAGGAGAAGAUUAUGGCAAAGGCGUCAUUUUCUACCUCAGGGAGAAAGUGGUGGUUGGAAUUGUCCUGUGGAACAUCUUCAACAGGAUGCCCAUUGCCCGGAAGAUCAUCAAGGAUGGGGAGGAGCAUGAAGACCUCAAUGAAGUGGCGAAGCUUUUCAACAUCCAUGAAGACUGAACUCCAGCAGGAAACUGCAGCAGGAGCCCCCUCACCUUGGACAGCCAGUACUUGUGAAUAUUCCCAGUCACCUUAGAGUUUAACCUUUGCACCAAUAAAGCCAGAUUGUUGUAA